CCUGUACGAAAGUGGCGGGGGACUGAUUCAUCCACUUGUGUGAUUCACCCACUUGUGGAUUACGUUAUAUACUAUGAUAAAAAUGUGUUUCAAUUUUCCAAGUCUCCCGAUUCGAAGUUCCGUUUUGGGACGACUAUCUGCCAUAAGCCAAGGCCGCGUCGCGCCGCCUGACCUAACAAUCCUGUCAGCACAUCAUCGGACUUUGUGGAGACUCGAAAGAAAUAAGCACCAAGGAAUACACGUGGGACCAAUCAAUCAGUCCAACAGAAGGCAUGGGCAUUUGUCCGAGGUCGUGCAGAUUUAUAGAAUCUGCUGCCUGACUGGUAAGAAGCGAGGUUGCUAUCAAACGACGCGCGAAUAUUCGCCCUGCGGUCAUUCAUGGAUGUUAGUGGGCACACAUGCCCCACGACAGCCAAGUCCAGGGGUCACAUCAGACGAUAGGGUAGCCUUACUCUGCCCACCGGCGGCCGAGACAACUCCAUGCGGACGUUCCGCCCGCCUUCUCUCAGCAAACGCGCAAACUCGCGAACGGGCCACCACCCUCCACUUGUAAGGGUUCCCGAGCCAAUAGUCACGACUCUCAAAGAGCGACUACGUACCUUUCCCUGUCCAUCGCGCCCAGCCCCCCUUCCCCCUUAGCAAUCGCCACCAUGCCCACGCACCACCAGCCCAAGCCGCCCGACGAGCGCGGCCUCAAGAUUAUCCACGCCAGCUUCUUCCGCAUGGGCACAAACUCCAUGGCCACGGCAUACCAGAUGCUGGGGUACAAGGUCCACCACGGCCUGCUCGAGAAGAUGUUCGACUCGCCCUGGGCAGAGCUCGAGCGCGCCGCCGAGGCAACCUACCCAUCUAUCCUGCAAGA